CAUGUUCGUUACAGAUGACAAGGUAAUAAGUUUAUUGCAUCAGUUUGCAGUGAAAAAUUAGAUUGAACAGGGGGCUCAAAGGAUUCUUGUUUCUGUGCUUCCCACAUUAUAGGUUGUGUCUGCUUGGCGAACCAUGUUGUUCGCCCAAAGGAUCAAGGAGAAGGUGGAUGGUGCGGCGCAGGCCAUUGCGGCCUUGGAGACACUUGAAGGAGCCUUCCAGGAUUGCUCCAAGGGGAAGGAUUACUUUGGUGGAGACAAAGCUGGGAUUUUAGAUAUUGUGCUCGGGGGCUACCUCGCUUGGUUCAAUGUGUUUGAGAAGAUGAUUGGCGUCAGGGUCAAGGACGUGGAGAGGACUCCUCUCCUUGCUGCUUGGGCUGAUCGUUUCAGGGCAUUGGAUGCUGCAAGGGGUAUCCUGCUGGAAGAUGUUGAUGGAGUCCUCGACUUCUUGAAGGCAUUCUUUGCAUAGGGCCACACGCAAGCUACCACCCAGUCUAAGAGUGGGACACCCGCUGUUCUGUUCUAUGGGAGCGAGAGUGCUUAAUUACUUUGGAUGUCUCAUUGAGGAAAAGGGGUGGUCACCCCGGUGUGAUGAGUGAUUGACAACGGUUGUGUGUUGAUAGUUGCUUUGGUUGUGAAGUGCAGGUGCAGAGUGCGACGUGGCGGUCGACGGCGCGAGGUGAAGGCCAAGUGAAAGAUUAGGAGAAGAACGCGAGUAGACUUGAGCCGAGGGACCCGAAGAAGCCAGGUGGAGUCACGGACGACCCACAUGGUGCACGGAUCGACAAGAAAGCAUGAAGGAAUGAUGCGGUGACGUGGGCUGAGUCGGCGAGGACGAUGGCUAGUCAAAUAGGCGGGCCGUGCGGCGGGUGCGCGUGAACGACUCGAAGGCGUCAAGGCGCGGAGGGAGGUUCGACACGUACCGACAUCAGAGAGGUCGUGUGGCGGCCAAGCGGAGAUGGACGGUUUCGAUGAUUUGGGCCUCAAAACCAUCACCUGUGGUUGGUUUUCCUGUUUCGGCCGCAAAACCGGGGACGAACUUGGUGCGGUCAAAGUUCGGGCGGAGGGCACGUGGCGUCAUCUCCGAGCUUACUUCGAGGCGAAUGGAAGUCGAAGAGGAGCCGUGUCCGUCUGAUGUUUUUUUCGACAGAUGGACUAAAUUGCCCCUGCGUGGGCUGGUGUAAUUAAUAGCAUAAGUAUAUUUUGGUAAUUUAGCGGAAAGAUUGAGAGGAUAAGAGGUGGAUGGAUGGGGGCGCCCCUCCUUGCGUCGGACAGAAAAAAAAAUCCCGUCGCCCCCUCCUCCCGUUCUUGGCUACUCCCUUCUUCCCCUUCCCUCUCCUCUCUCUAGGGUUAGAAUUUCUCCAUGGAUUCUUGAAUUUUGGUACUGAAAUUGAAUGGGAAAGGAGGCCCUCUCCUCCUUGUGCCCUCCGAGGUGUUGAUUGGAUUCAA